AUGGACAAAGGGAGCAUUUGUGAGGGAAUGACAAUUGAACAGUUAAAAGAUGAAUUACAAAAACGAGGCGUAAAAUUAUCAGGAAGAAAGCGAGACUUGGUGGAAAGACUUGAAGCAUACAGACGCAAUGACAAUUUCGGUAAUGCAAAUGAUCUUGCUAAGGAAUUCAACAUGGAAAUCUCAGAUGUGACCAAUUACAAGGACAUAAACUUAGAAAGCCAGCUUCCCGCAUUUCCUUUUGAGAGGAUUGAAACAUAUUUGCAACCACUCGGAAAAGUGUUUGACAAAAAUCCUAAAGAUCUUUACGAUGGCUGUUUUUUUAAAUUUGUGAGGUAUGUGUCGGAUGGCGAUUUGGUUUUUGUUAGGUCAAUGUGCAAAGCUGAAAUGAAGAAAAACCUCACAUACACUGUGGACAUUAGUUUUGAUACGUUUGGCUGUGUCAGAGAAUGCCAAUGUGAAUGCGGUGCAGGGAUGGGGCCUGAAGCACACUGUAAACAUGUAUGUACCCUUCUUUAUGCCAUGAGUCAGUUUUAUGAAAGGAAGUCUAUGAAAAUGGAGGAGACCUGUACACAAAAACUGCAGAGUUUUCACAGAACCAAAAAGUUUAUUGCUUCGCCAAUUAAAUCUUUUGAUUUAAACUUAACUGGUACAGAUAAAACUGACUAUCGAUUUGAUCCGCGCAAACCUCAGUAUAAUAACCCACAGCAAACAAAUACAAGGUUAGAAACAUUAGUAAAAAACAAGGAGAAUUUUGGACAGAUGCCCAUUAGCCAGUUGUACAAACCAUGUGACAUGGAAACAUAUGCUCAUGACCACAGCUAUUUUGGUAAAAGUAAUGAGGAUUGUUUUUUAGAAAGUGCUUUAAUAACAGAUAUCAGUGAUGAACAGAUUAGAGUAAUUGAGGUUGCUACCAGAAAACAGUCUUCAUGUAAGAGAUGGUAUAAAGGGAGAUGUAAACGGCUACAGACAUCUCGAUUUGGACAGAUCUGCAAAGCAACAGAGCGAACUAACUUUCCAAUGUUAGCACGGGCAUUGACCAAAUCAAGCAAAAUAAGUACUGCUCCAAUAAAACAUGGGCGAAAAUAUGAGCCGGUUGCCAUAGCAAAAUAUGAAGAGUUAAAAAAGUGCAACGUUGAACAAAGUGGCAUUGUUAUCAACAAACUGAAACCCUUCCUUGGUUGUUCUCCAGAUGGUGUUGUAGACGAAAGGCUGAUUGAAAUAAAAUGCCCCUUUACUGCUAGAAAUAAGUCAGUCUGCCCAGCAACAGUGCCUUAUCUUUAUGAGAGAGAAGGCACUCAUGAUUAUUUCUAUCAAGUUCAAGGACAGUUGUACUGUACUGGAAAGCAAACAUGUGCUUUUUGCAUUUUCACAGUCUGUGACUUCAAGGUAAUUUCAGUCGCUAGGGACAAUGUGUUCAUUGCAAAAAUGCUUGUUCAGUUGGAAACAUUUUUUGAACAACAUUUCCGCAAAGCAGUUCUUGAUGCUUUUUAUUUUAAAUAUUCAAACUUGUACUUAUGACUUAAUGUGUGUUUAAAGAACUUGUGUGUAAUAGCAUAGAUAAUUAAUUAUAUAUUGUUCAUUGUACAGGUAUAAAAAAUAGUUGGAUUCCAAAAUGUUUGUAAGUGCAGAAAACACUGUCGUAAAAGAGUAGCAUGUUGCGACAGCGGGAUUCCUCUGAAAAACAGUGUCAGAAUGACCAUGUUUGGCAUUCAGUAGCCGAUGAUAAAAUCAAUGUGCUCUAGUGGUGUCGUUAAAUAAAACAAACUUUAUUCUCUUUUUUUUUUUUACAAAACCCCAGGUAUCAAGUCCUUGUUGACUUUCAGUGAGCUCCUGUCAGUCAUUACAAAACAACUCAUAAUACUGCAACUCAAAUAAUUUAUUUAUACAAGCUGUUUAAUCACAGUGGAUUCUAGCAUCAUAAUCAUACAUGUUGGUGAAUGAAGUGGACAUUGCUGAUAAAAUAUGCACGAUAAAUAAGGAUAAAUAAGUAUCAGUAAGUUAAAUUCGGUAAUUUUUUGCAUGUUUUCCGUUAUAUUCUCUUCAAAAAUAGAAAUUCAUAGGCACAUUACAGUAUGAAAGUAGAUACAGAGGUCAGAUCAAAUUUAGAAAAGUUGAAAAAAACUGAACAUCACUGGUAACGAUAACAGUUUCUUUCAUGCAGUUAUUAUAAAUACAUUUUGGUUACUAAUCUAAACUGCCUUUUAAGUAAGUAAAGGAAUGAGAGAUAUAUAUAUAUAUGGUUUGACAAUUACCAUUUUGAAAAUAUGCACAAUUUCACAUCAGAAUGAUACCAAUAUUUAAUAAUAUUAAUAAAAUAUCUUUAAUCCCUCAAAUUAUUUACAUUGUAACAAACAGAAUGCCUUAUUUGUUUUUUGUCUGAAAUAUUUAAAUAAAUGUAUUUGAGAAGUGCUAGUUUAUAACAUGUUUGAUAUAGCAAUUUAAAUUAUAAAAGCAUGUACUCGCUUCAGUGACUGCCCAUGUGAAGCAGAGAAUAUACUGGGCAAAAAAAUUAAGCAUUGGGUCUGCUAUAGAUAUAUAUAUAUAUAUAUAUAUAUAUAUAUAUAUAUAUAUAUAUAUAUGAAAUAUUGUUCACUAAUUAUGUUCUGUAUAUACGUUAUUAAAUUCCACACUUAUUGACAAUGUGAAGAUUAAUGCAAUUGUAAUUAACAUUUUUAUUCAUCCAAAUAAAUAUAUUUUACAUGUGUAUUUGCUUUGUUCAUUUAUUUUACGCAUCAGUAGGCACAAUCUGGUCCCGGAAGUUGCACAGCAUAAAGCACACAAAAAUUAUUUCAGUGGCAAGUUUUGUUUCAGUGUAAUUCAUUGGCUGUGUUAGCAUGCGAUAUGUCUUAGCUAGUCCGAUCACUCUCUCCACGUGCACACGCUUAUUUGAAAUUUUCCUAUCUUCCAAAACAUUGUCCCCUGACAUUCUAAUUUUUUUUCCUAAAAAAUGAUGGCAUGUUGAUGCUAACAUCAUGUGGUGCAAACAGAUCCUGAACGUUAAAACCCUUGUCUGCCAUAAUGGAAUCCUUGGGGUCGCAUAGAGAAAAAAGAUUUGAUCUUUCUACAAUUUGUCUGUCACUGGUAGAACCUCCAAAUGCUGGUGAUACAUAUGAGACAAGACCAGCAGGGGUAAUACCAACAAGCACUUUAACAGUGUUUCUAUUUUUGUAUUUUGAAAAUGUUGCUUGUUGGGCCAAUUGCGCCUUAGGGUUUUUUAUUGGUAUCUCGGUACCAUCAAUGACGAUACGUGUAUUUGGAAACUGUGCUUUCAUGUCUACAGCAGCAAAGAACUUGGUUAACUGACGGUCAGGCCAUGAAUUCAACGAUUUCCACUCCAAAAACAUGAAAUUUAUCUACGUAAUAAAUACAUUUGCCACUGUAAAUUCUGACACUUCAAACAGCCGAGAUAGCAUAAAGUGUGUUUCUUUUCUUCGAAGCUUAAUCAAAACUAAAAAAAAACUGGUCUUCGAUGCUGAGAUUGUCCACAGUUUCAGUGUAGUAAUACGCCAGAUGGUUUGCUGAUGGUCCUAAUGUAUUAAGAACGAAUAUAAAUGUUUCAUAAUUCUUAAGCCCAGUGAAGUAAUGCAUUCCUGCGGGGUCAUCUUGGAAUUGUACAGCCGACAUUGUCCUAACAGGAAUUGUGUUUGUCUGAGUGUGAAUGGUUCUUGUUUUUUCACAUUCUUCCUCUUGAAUUUUUGUUAUACAGGUAUCUGAUGUGACUGUGAUUUCAGCACCUAUUUCCAAAGACUCACUGUUCUGUUUCGGUACUGGAAGUGCCUGUCUCUUUUGACAUCGGGCUUUACGUUGAACUCUAGAGUCGGAUGCUGGUUUUAUCUACAUAAAAAUGGAUGGUACAGCAUUUUUCUUCAGCCUUUUGACUGCUGACACAUUGCCUGAAAUGAUAUAACAUACAUAGUAAAUAAUAGUGUAAUAUACAUAAUGACAUCAUUGUGAUAUUUGACACCAUGUUUGAUUUGAACAAAUGAUGAUAAGAAUUUAAAAAAUUGCAUAAACAAUUCAUGGGUUAAACAAAAAUAAAAUGUGCGAAUAAAAUUAAUAAUCCUGUAAUUUACAGAUACCUGAGGUUUAUAUAAAAUUGCCCAUAAUUAGCACAUUUAAUCUGUAUUAUGUGAUCUGAGGUCUUGCCAUGUUUGUGUACUCGGUACCGACAUUUAAAAAGUUACAGGUUUUAUUCAUUAUUUGAAUAAUAUAUGCAGGGUACAUAUUUCUAAUGUGUUUUAUCAAAUUAAAUAAUGUACGCUUCUUCAUUAUCGGGCCAGAUGUUUGACUGAAUUAAUGUAAUUCUUAAAAAAAAGUUGUCAUUUACUAUUAUUCCCAAGUUGUUGGGUGUUUUUCUUAAUAAUAUUGUGUAAAAUAAACUAUUAAGUAAAUUAGCCAACCAUAAUUAUCCUAAUAAAAUUUGGUUAUAAUUAACCACAUUUUAGUUGUAAUUAAAAAAAAAAUACUCUCUAAAAAUUGUUGAAAGUAGAACUAAAUUGUUUUCUAUUAUGGGCGCCGACAGACCGCUUUGAAAGAGUAAUUUAUUUCAUUAUGUUGUCCAACAUGCAGGUAUGAUAAGUUAUUAUUUAUGCUUACCAUAAGUGUUUCUCUGGACGUAGUUUUUCGUCGUUAAAAUGUGAAUGACAAACAACGCUGGAGUCGUUUGGCUUCCACUUGUCUCGACGAACUGCAAAUAACCAUUUUUCACGAGUUUUGUUUUCCUUUGGAAACCGAUGCCCGCCUCCGUUAUGGCAACCAGGCACACAACAACAGGUCGACGGCAUUUAAAUUGUAUUAUUACAUAUGUUUAGCGCUAUAAAAAAAAUU